AUGCAUUGCUUUUUGUUUCUCAGCUUUGCUCUCUCGGCCAUUGAAAUUAUUCACCCAGGAUAUCGUAAUAACUUCGUGGAUUUGAAAUUUACAUCAAAAACAGGUGCAACAAUUCCAUUUUCAAACAAAAAUUCGGGUAUUUCUGUUAGAUUUUAUGUUGAUAACAUACAACAUGUUCCCAAAAAUCUAUCCACAGGUCCAUAUGAAGGAAUCACUAUCACACCAGAAUUUCGAAUUGAUGAAAAUGAUAAAUUAGGCGGAUAUUUAAUUUUUACUCUCAAAAACAAUGAAAGUACAGCUAAAAAGGUUAAACUCGGAACAUUUACUAAUAUUAUGUUUAAUACAGAUGAUGGAAAUUCAAACAGCAUUUAUCCAAUAAAAGAUGCUAAAGGAUUGUAUACAAAUAAAGCAUAUUAUGUAAUUUCUGAUCAAAAGAAAGAAAAUAUUCAUUUAUGGCAGAAAUUUGUCGUUGAUCACAGAGAUUUUAGCGAAACACAAGGUUUUAUUGCAGCAGAUAACAAAUGGUAUGGAUACAAAUCUCGAGGCCAAAAUAAUCCUUUUCUAAAUUUAGAGACAAUGAAUGUUUUUAAAGAUCCAAAAGGAAAUUCCAAAGAUGCAGAAAUCUCCUUUUCUUGGAAUGAAAGAGAGAUCCCUGCCAAGGGAAGAUUAGUAUAUGGAGUACAUAUAUAUUUACUUAUGGAUUCUCCAGUUGAUAUUGUUGAACUAGAAGAGUCCCAGAAAUCAGAUUUAAAGCCAGGUAAAGCAUAUACUCUGAAAACUAGUCUAAAUAUCCUACACCAAGAAUCAAAAUUCACAGCUCAUCAACUCUGCAACAAUGAUGAAAAAACAACAAAGCUUGAUAAUUCUGAAUAUAAUAUUAUUCAACAUGAUUUCACCUAUACUCCAAAUGCCAUUGGAAGCUAUCACUGCAAAUUUUGGAUUCAUGAUGACACAAACAAUGUUGAUUCUGAGAAGAAAAAUGUCGUUUUAAAUGUUUUUAGUCCUUCAACAGUAAAUAUAAAAACAACUCCAACAGAUACACCAUAUGGAAAACAUGACCAAUUUACUGUUGAAUUUAAAGUUAAUGGAGAUUGCCAAACAACAGCAAAAAUUGAAAUUUACAAUGACAAUCAACUCAUCAAAUCACUAAAAGAAAAAACAUAUGAUCUUGGACCAGAAUCAAGUUCAACAUCUGAUAAAAUUACAUUUACAAUAGGCGAUCUUUCUGCAGGAAAACGUUCUCUAAGGAUAACCGUUUCAAAUCAAUAUGUUAACCAAAGGAAUUCAGAUGAACUUGUAUUUUAUGUCGCAUUCGACGCCGAGAUUCAAAAUAUGAAUUUCGACAAAAACGUCAAAUUGCCAAAUAAUGAUUUAAAUUUGACAUGUGAUCUUCGACUCAACAAUAUUGACACAUCCAACAAACCAAAGGUGAAGCUUAAUCUUUUAAUACCAGAUAUACAACAACAAUCUUCACAAGAAUAUGAAGUAUUUGAUUCAAAUACCAAACAAUUGCUAUUAAAGACAAAAAUUCCUGGAGUUCAGCCUAAGAAAGAUAUUCAAUGCAAAGUGUGGAUUACAGAUGCGCAUAAACAGACUAUCUAUGAGACAACCUUAAAGCUAACAAUUACAAUUCCUCCUGAUUUUGAGAUUAAACCAAACUAUUCUGAAAAUUAUUUCAGUUAUGGACAAACAGUUUCAAUCGCAGUAAAUAUUAAUGAUGACACAGAAGGAAGAGUAUACUAUACAUUCAUGAAUACAGAAAAUUUUGUUAAUUAUACAUCAAGUUCAGGAAAGGCAGCUGUAGAUGUUGAUAUCAAAUUAGAAAAAAGCGAUAAAUUAACAUAUUCAAAAGAUCCUUACACAAUUUCAAUAAGAGUUGAAGAUGAAUUUGGAUAUCCAGCUGUACCAAAAUCAACUGAAAUAUAUAUUAGAAAUAAGCCAAAAAUCACUAAUAUCAAGCUUAUUAAAUCUGCUAAACCAAACACAAAACAAUCCCUUACAGUUUGCUAUGAAGAUUUAGAUAGAGGAAAAGAUCUUUACAUAUAUCAAAGAGAAAUAAUUGACAAUUCUGAAAUAAUCACAAAAGUUGAAAACACCCCAUUCAAAUCUCAAGGAGUUUCAGAAUAUACAGCUAAUUACACAUACCCAGCUCAUGGAGUUCACAAUCUUGAAUUCUUCAUUUCAAGUAGAUCAAAUAUUAAUAAAUAUGAUCAAGUUAAAACAUCAGAUUCCAAUUUAUUCAAUUAUUCAUUGAAGAGUUCAAUGGCACCAAUAGUUGAAGUUGAAUAUCCAACCAUGAAAAUUAUAGGAUAUAAUGAGUUCAUUGAAGUUAGCAUCACGGUUACUGAUGAAUCAAAAGGAAAGAUCAUCUAUAAGAUUGAUAACAGAACAGAUAUUACUUUCCAUGAUUCAAUGAUUAAGUCAUAUAAAGUUGAAGAAGGCAAAGGAUCAAUCAAAUAUACUAAAGUUAAAGUACCUAUUCCAGAAUGGUGCAAAUAUUCACCAAGCAAUAAUCUUCAUCAUUUAUCAAUUGAAGUGGAAGAUGAAUUUGGUCUAAAUUCUAAUUCUGGAGACUUAUACAAUUUCGAAAUCAGAAGUAUGCCAGAAAUAAUUAAACUUGAAAUCAAUAAGAAUCUUUUGAGGAGUGAUAUCAAUGAUGGAAAGAAAAUUCAUUUUAAGGGAACAUUAAAAGACUUAGAUGAUAAGAAAGAUUUAUAUUUCUUCAUCAAAGAAUCAGAAAAUGAAGAUGAUGGAAGGACAAAUCAAGCAUAUCAUAUAGUUUCCAAUGGCAAAGAACAACCAUUUGAGUUCGACUAUGAAGUGAAGAAAGAAACAGCAAAGAAUCUCAAAUUAACAACAUGGAUUGAAGAUGAUGAAGAUCCAAAUAUUGAUCCAGAAAGGAAUGGUGAAUCUAAACCAGAUAUCAAGUAUAUUAAUAUUUCAUAUCCUCCUAAAAUGACAACAUUAUUCCAGCCAAGUACAUCCUAUCAUAGAGGUGAUGAAAUUUAUAUAGAGAUGACAGUGACUGACGAUACAAGUGGAAAAGUCAAAUUCUUCUUUAAUGGAAAAGAUAUGAAUCAAGAUCUUCAUUACACUGCCACAAAAUCAACCGCAAAAAUUAACACAACUCUAAAGCUUUCUAAUGACAUCAAAAUGGGAACUUAUAAAUUGCUAUUUUACCCCGUCGACGAAUUCGAUUUUGAAGCAUCUGAUGAUUAUCGCAAAGAAGUAGAUAUUAUCAUCAAAAACAAACCAAUUCUAUCCGAUGUAAAAUUAGAUAAGACUAAAGCUGACAAUGAUGAAACAGUGAAUGUAUUUGGUAAAAUUGAAGACUUUGACGAAGGAAAAGAAUUGUAUAUCUUCCAACGUAUAGUUGGAUAUGAUCCAAUUCUUCUCGGAAACAUGACUUCAAAUGGAAAAUUACAGCAAUUUAAGUUCCCAUUGCGCAAUUUGGUUUAUUUGACAUCUGGAGACAAGAAGAUCGAUAUUUGGGUAACAGAUUACAAUAAUUCAAUUGAAACACCAGAUGAAAACGAUAAUUCUGAUACAUUACAAGUUUCAAUAUUUAUGGCAAAUGAUCCAUUAUUAAUUGUCACACCACCCAAAGAAAAGGUAUUCACAGUUUAUGAAGAUAUCAAAUUUGACAUCCAAAUCAUUGCUGACUUAAAGGGAUACAUCGACAUAUAUGAUAAUAAAUUUUUCUAUGAGAAAUUUGGAAACAAAAUCCAUCGAAUUUAUUACAAUACCUCUUCUACAAUCCCAUGGACGACAUACUUCAAGAGAGCGCAUGGCAAUGUCAAAUACUAUUUCAAGGCUAUUGGAGAGAAUCUAACAAAAUCAGAACCAUUUGAAUUUGAAUUCAGUAUUAGAGUUCCUCCAAAGUUAGGAAAUCUCAAAUUGUCAACAUCAGCUGCAUCUCCUGGAGAAAGUGUUGGACUUGAUUAUUCAGUAAGUUACAAUACCAGUGGCAGCUUGUAUUUCUUUAUGAAAAUGAAUGGCGUUAUUAACUAUGAGAAGAAAUAUGUUAAUCCACCUUAUGGAAAUAUCAAUGAUUUCAAAGUCCAUACAAUUUAUUUCAAUAUUGAUCUAAAUCAGAAAGGAAAUUUAGAAAUUGAAGCUUGGGUACAAAAUAUCAAAGAAACUGAUGGAUCAAGAUAUUCAAUGAGUGAAACAAAGAAGGUUAAAUUGGUUGUUACUAAACCUCCAACUGUUGACUUCAACUUCCCACAGGAAAGAUAUUAUUCAUAUGAUGAUCAAAUCUUAAUCAAUCUUGGAAUUCAUGAUGAAACCAAGGGAGAUAUUAAAGUCUACUUUGAUCGAAGAAUUAUUUACGAAAGAAAAUACACAAGUAAUAAUUAUGAAAAGUCUAUUGAUUUGAAAUUCAGAUUCCCAAAGGAGUAUCAAUAUAAAAAGAAAGGAUAUGAUUGCUUUAUUGAAGUUAUUGAUGAAUACGGAAAGAGGACAACAUCUUAUUGGAACUAUGAAAUAACAUUCUAUUUGCUAAAUAAACCCAAGAUUAAUGAUAUCACAUUACCUGGUGAAGUUCUUUUAACAAGUUCAUAUGUCAAAAUGACACCAGAUUACAAUGAUUAUGAUAAAGGAAAAGAUCUUUAUUUAUGGAUGAAUGUUGACAAAAAGAAUUAUAAGAUUGGGAGAUAUACAACAUCAAGCGGAAAAGAUCAUCAAAAACCAUAUUAUAGAUUCCGCUUGCCAAAGUCAAUCACUCAAGGUGAGCAUAUAUUGAGUUUCUUCUAUACAACAGAAAUGUAUCUUUCAGAAAAAGAACCGUCUAGAAAUAGUAGAUCAGCUACACUCUCAAAGAUUAUCACAUUUGUUGAUACUCCUGUUCUAACAUUAAAUGAAAUUCCAGAUGGAAUUUAUCAGAAAGGAUCAAGAGUCAGACUUUCUGGUACAAUGAAAGGAUAUCAGAUAUUCAAGAUUCGCUUGACAUUCAAUGAUAUUCCUGCUCGUUCAAUUGUUAAAAUUUUAAGUGAUGGUGAUAAAUUCGAUGAAGAGAUCGAUAUUCCAGCAUCUGUUUCAUAUGGAACUGUAAAGGUAAAUGCAAUUCCAAGCACAUAUGGAGAUGUAACUGGAAAUUCAGUUACAAGAACUUUCACAUUAAAGAACAAACCAACAUUAAAAGAUUUUCCAACUGAAACCAUGAAUUAUUUGAAAGGAAAUGACUUCAAUUGCACUGGAUUCGUAGAUGAUAUUGAUGAUAAGAAAUUAUUGUAUGUAUAUUAUCAGAUUGGGAAUGCUGAUCCUCGCAUUUCAAAGUGGAAUCAUGAAUCAAAUGGAAAGACAAAUCAAGAAAUCAUUAUUAAAUUCAAUCUCGAUACAGAUUUGGUUGGAAAAGUUGAUAUUAAAAUAUUUGUUUCUGAUCGUAAUUAUGCAGAUACAUUCCUUGAAAACGAGAAAUCUAAUGUUGUCACAGUUCCCAUCUUCAUAUCUUACAAGGCAAAAUCAACAAUCGAGAUUAUUUCAAAUUCUAAGAACUACUAUUCAUAUGGAGAUAAUAUGACAAUCAAUAUUAAUGUAGAAAAGUAUGAGAAAUGCACAUUUAAAUUGCUGAUUGAUUCUGAAGAAAAGAAAGAUAAUACAGAAAACCUUGACUUAACGAACAAGAAAUUCGAGAAGCAGAUUAUCAUUCCAAUAACAUCGGAUAUUUCUUACAAAUUACUUCAUAAACUAGAGCUUCUUUUAUUUGAUGAGUUCAAUUUCAAGACAACAUUGAAGUUCUAUACAUUUAAUAUUGUUAAUACACCAUAUAUUCCAUUUGCUGGCUUCUCAAAGCCAUUUUCUCUCCAAAAUGAAGUUAUGAGAGUUCGAGGAAGAUUCAAUGAUAUUGAUGAAGGUAAGAAAUUGUUUAUCUUUGUCAAAGUUGGAGAAAACAAAGUUACAAAGUCAAGUGGAAACGUUAUAUCAAAUGGAACAAACGACCAAUUCUUUGAAGCAUCUGUUGUAAUUCCAGAAAAUGAACCAAUAGGAAAGAAGAAAGUUAUUGUUUGGCUAUCUAACAACUUACAACCAAUGAAUAAUUUACAUUACGUUAGGAGAUCAAAUAUGUUUGAGAUUGAUUUAGAAAUUACAUAUAAGCCAUCAUUAAAUAUCACUGCUCCAGAUAAUUUAGUUUAUAAUGAUGGCCAACAAAUUAAAUUCACAGGAAGCGUUAGGGCAAACUCAAAUAUUUAUCUACAUUACAAAAUAGACAAUAAUACUUUGACAGAGAAAACGUUAGUAAAUAUUACAAAUGAAAUUGAAUUAUUCGAAGCAAGAGUAACUAUUCCUGUUGAUUAUAAGUAUGGUGAACAUAACUUUAAUGUUUGGGCAGUUGAUAUAAAUAACCAAACAACCGAUUUAAGUACAUUUUCUUUCUAUAUUAAGAAUCCUCCUAAAUUCAUUGAUGCGGCAUUAGUCAGCGAUAAAAUUAAAAUAGGCGAUCCAUUAGUUCUUAAGGGAAACGUAAGGGACUCUGAUGCAGGUAAUAACUUGACAUUCAUUGGUAAAUUUGAUGAUGGUAAAGCGAUGCCAGUCCAUACAAUUGUUUCGGAUUCAACAGUCCAAGAAUUCGAGAUCACAUUCCAUUUAUCUUCUGAGAUGAAAGAAGGUCCGCAUAAAUUAGAAAUAUAUAUUGUAGACUCAGAUGAUCUAAAGUCUACUCCUAUAGAAAUUGCAUUUGAAAUUUACUCAAAAGAUGAAAAUCCGGGUAAUACGACAGGAAAGGAUACAUCAAAUACAGGUGACAAUGCAGACUCAAGAUCAACAAAGACCAGAGGAAGGUCUAUUACCGGAUUAAUUGCUGGAAUUGCCAUCAUGGCUAUCUUAUUAGCUGUUCUCAUAUGUGUUGCUAUCUUUUUGUUCAUCAAGAAGACAAAGAAUAAUAACGAUAACCCACAAAGCUCUGACAAUACCGAUCUUGAAGAUAGAGAAACAGAUAUUGUAACCACUUCAGGGGUUACGACAGAAGAAGCAACAAAGGACAAUCCGUUGUUCUCAGGAGAUGAAAUCGGACAUGAUGAAGAUCCAUUCUCUGAUGAAUUUGAAGAACAAAAUCCAUAA